AUGGAAAUCCAAAUUCAGAUGUAUGGAAAUUUAUUCGUCCCGAUAACUCUGAUAAACCAUGGAUACGCGAAUAUUCUAACACCAUUCGAACCAGCCGAGAUCGAGGUACAAAGUCAUUCGAAGAUUAACUCGCAGAGAUGCGUUUCCAUCCGCGGUCGAACGGAGUCGAAAAAACGCGAUGAAACAGUUAAGAGAGAAAAAGAAAACAGAAUGCAAAGAUAAAGAUAGCGGAGAAAAGCGUCGCCCACGACGGCGUUGUCUUCCUCUUCUCCUGUUGACUUCCUACCCGUCGACAAUUUCAUCGGCACGCUCGAGUUGCCCAGCGGGCAGAGCGUUGCGUCCCCUAUAAAAGCGAGGGUAGACGAUAGCGGUACCAGUGUGUGCUCACUGCCGACCAACAUGAACAGCACCGACAAGCUGAAAGUAAUACUCUUAUGCGGCCUAGUAUUAUCGGUCGUGGCCGAGGAGGCGAAGAAGACCGAAUCCAGCGCUCAACCAAAGGAUGAGAAGUCGAAGCGCGGAUUGGAGCUGAGCCUGGGUGAUCACGGUGGUUUCGGGGGCGGUUUCGGCGAUGGUGGCUUCGGCGGACACGGCGGGGAAAUAAUCUCCACUGAUCACAUCAAAGCGGUGACGGUCACGAAGCACGUGCCGGUACCGCAUCCGUAUCCGGUCGAGGUCACGAAGCACGUGCCCUACCCGGUGAAGGUACCGGUCAAAGUGCCGGUCGACCGUCCAUAUCCGGUGCACGUACCGCAACCUUACCCGGUAGAGGUCACGAAGCACGUGCCCUAUACGGUAGAGAAGCCGGUGCCCUAUCCGGUCAAGGUGCCCGUCAAAGUGCCCAUCAAGGUGCCCUAUCCGGUCAAGGUACCGGUCAAGGUUCCGGUCGAAGUAGCGAAACCAGUUCCCUAUCCCGUCAAGGUACCCGUGGUCGUCAAAGAACCCUAUCCAGUGAUCGUUAAAGGUCAUCACGACGAAGGAUUCGGCGGCGGAUUUGGACACGACCUCGGCGGCGGUUUGGAGUUCGGCGGACACGAUUUCGGCGGAUUCGGGCAUCAUUGACACAAAAUUGUUUAGCAGGAAGGAAGCGCAAGGACCAGCGUCCCCUUUCGUCCGACGUUAAAGGACUCGCGCGGCGCGAGACGAGGAAGCUUCAUUCGAGGAAUCGAUCGUCGUGAGGAGAUCGAGGAGCGACCGACCGGAGCGAUCACACCGUUCUAAAUAAAAGUUAACGCGACGCAAUCAAUAUUCUGUUUCAUUGUGAUCCUAUCCUCGGAUUGUACCAUACACCCUGUAAAUGUAAACACGAAUAAAGUAUUUUCUUUUUUGUACGUAA